CAAUCUUUUUCCCUUUUCCCCUUAUCGAUUAUCCUCCUCCUCUGGCAACACUAAUGUCACACCCACGACCGAAGUCGCGUUUGUUUGUUUACUGCGUUAUGUCAAUUUAAAUACAUAAUUUGCACUAUGAUAUAUCAAUUAUUUUAUUAUGCUUAUUUGAUAUUCAGAAUAUGCCUCGAUAUAUUAUGGGUGAUCCGAGACGUUGCUACCGUCGGCAUUCCUUGGGCUGCCAUGCUCUUUUUCACCUUAUGGUGUUUCUUUAAGAUAUUCAGAUCUUCAACACCAAAUUCGAAAUUGGUGACACAAGUUUUGGGUCCUGAUCCUAAUAAAACGGAUAGUGGAGUCACCUGGGCGUUUGCCAAAGGAGGGGCUUGUUUUGAUGCACCUGGGAACACAUUGACGGCUAUUAAACAUUGCAUUUCCCGAGGCUUUAAUUCAAUACAAUUAGAUAUAGGCAUAACGGCCGAUGGUAUAUUAGUCUUAUGUGAUGAAACAAUACAAACGCACAUAUCGAAACAAACUUAUGAACAAACGAAGAAAAUUAAUGUAUCUAUGAAUCAUCCUUUAAGCAAUAAAUUUCCCAAUGAGCGAAUACCAACUUUAAAAGAUGCCCUCGAUUUGCUGGACAAAUCUAAAAUAGGCAUCAGGCUGCUCCUGAACAUAGGCCUUGGCAGACACAACACGAGCAGCCGUGUCUUGGAAAUGUUGAAACACUACGAACAGAUUAAAAACAAUUCCAUUUUAGUACUAAGUUCAACAUAUGCAAUAUACAAAUUGCGGAGGAUGGAUCCAUCCAUAAUUUGUAUUCUGUGGCUGAAAUCACCAGCGCUGGUGACAGGUUUUGCUGCCUCGUUGUAUUAUAGUGUGGUGAGGGAGUUUAUUGUUCCUUUGUUAGGAAUACCAGCUGUGAUUGUGCACAAAAAUUUAUUGAGUGUGAACGAAGUGUCCCGAUGGCAAAAGAUCGGUGUUCGAGCCUUCGGCUUCCCGGUGAACAGCCCCAAUACGAAACGCUACUACCAGUUAGUCCUGAAUACCUCAUAUUUAACCGAAUCCAUCAAAACGGAGCCGCCAAUCAAAGUACAAAAAAUUGCACAAUAA